CCAAUUCCUCACUUCUCCUCCUCCGCCGCCCCUCCACUAUUCCCCAGGCCGCACGCCCUCGCCCUCGCCGCCCCGUCCGCCGUCAUCCUCCGCACAUCACUCAUCACUCUCAUCACUCGACAUCUUGCAUCCGCACCUUCUCUUUCUUCUCCUAGAUCAGUGUACACCUUCCAUCAACUGUCACCCAUCACCCAUCCGUCUCACUGUGACUUGCGUGUCUCGCAUCCCACCUCGGCGAUCCAGAGUCCUACCUUUCUCAUUCCCGAACCCGACACUGUCUCCUCUGAGCAGGCGACACCCCGGUCGUCCUAAUGUCGCAGCCCCCCGCAUCCAAGGGGUAUCCACCACUACCCAAAGGCGUCCCGCAGCUACCACCCUUCCCCCAGCUCCUCCACUUGAGGGAUUCGCCCUCGUCGCGCUCCGCAAGAUCGUACUCUGAAGGCCCGGCCGAAGACGACGCAUCGCAAGUCAUCAUGAGCGGCGAAGAAGAGGAGUCGGAAGAGACGCCAGGCCCCAAGGAGGUCAAGAAGGAGAAGAAGCCGCACGCUACCCGACGCCGGGUGGUGCAGAGCUGCUCCGAAUGUCGAAGGCGAAAGAUCAAGUGCGACAAAAAGUUCCCGUGUGGGCCAUGCAUAUUGCGACAAGACCAGGCGCGCUGCCAUGAGGUUGGCACUGCCGAGAAACAGCUCGUCGCAUCGUCCAACUAUGCCACAACACAAGAUCUUGCAAACCUCGCUCACCGUGUCGAUGCUCUGGAGGCGGCUCUGGUCAAGUCGGGCUCGAUUGUGCCCUCCGACCUCGAAAGCUUCCUCACACAGAUCCGCUCGAAGGUUCAGACCACCCAGGCUGUCGAUCGCCCAGAUUCUGGGAGGGCGUCGGCCGGCCUCGACGACGACGACGACAAUGUCAGCGACACGGAGGGCGCAGCCCUCACACUCGAGCACUUGGCGUUUGGCAGGUCGCGUGUUGACGGCUCUCAUUCGUUGCCGGUGCUCGGCGGUCGCAAGGAGUCGACCAUCAGCAGGCCAGGCCAAGGCUACCACCUCACACGCUCUGGUCUCACCGCAGGUGAAGCAGGGUUGCAGCCUUUCGGCUCGACGGCCGCGUCGUACGACCUCCAGCCGGUCCGCAAUGAGGAGGAGCGCCGCGCACGCAUCCUGGCCCUCUCUGAGACCUUGGCGCCCAUUGAUGUCUUCGACAUGUGCUACAAGAGAACCGAUGUCAUCCUCAGCGCUCUCACCCGCGUCCUGCCCUCCAAGGAGCGUGGCGAACUCCUCGUCAACGCCUUCCUUCUCCGUGUCGACUGGCUCCACCGUGUGCUGCACGUGCCAACCUUCCUCAGCCAAUGCCGCGACCUCUGGGCCCUGCCUCAAGAACGCGUCGUCUAUGAGAUCUCAAUGCCCUUCCUCGCCAUUUACCUCGUGGUCAUCACCCUUGGCCUCCAUUUCAUGGACUCGGCCGAGGCGGGCAAACACUUCACAGCCGAGGAAGUGCAAGGUCUCUCGGACAUAUGGUACGCUGCCGCGCGAUCGGCGCAAUGGGCCAGCGACUUUAUCGGGACCCACACCCUCGAGAACCUCCAAGCGACGAUUCUCAUGACUGUUCUGAUGAACAAUCGCGAUCGCGCCGACGCGGCCUGGGCUCUCCUCGGUGCUGCCAUCAAGACGGCUCAGGGCCUCGGCAUCUCGCGCCUCGGAGCAGAGCAGCAGAGUGUCGAUGGGCGCCCGCUGCCAAUGUGGAAGGGCCGCUGGGAAAGCCUCAUCCAGCGUGAAGUUGGCCGCCGCAUUUGGUGGCAGCUUGUGUUCCUUGACUGGUCGCUCGCCCCGAGUUACAACUACGCGAGCAGCAUCCAGCCUGACCAGAUCAAGACGGCCCUCCCUGCCAAUAUCGAGGACGAGGACCUCGUCGAUGGCCAGCCGCUCUGCCCGCAGCCACUCAAUGUGCGCACGCGCAUGUCGUUCCAGCUCGCAAAGCUCAAGUUUGCCGAGAUCAGCCAGCGCCAGAUAUGGCAGGCGAACAACAACAAUCACCCGCCGUACUCAUUCAUCCUCAGUGUCGAUCGCGAGCUGCGCAAAGCCAUGCUCGAGCUCCCAGCCUUUUUCCAGCCCGACGGCUCGGCGUCCAUCCCUCAGGAUGUGUCACUUGACCCGAAAAAGCUGGUCGAGCACUACGAGAAGAUUACGCUCAGCCUCGCGAUCCACUCUCGCAUGCUGCGGUUGCACCGCCCGUGGCUUUCGCGCGGCUACGAGGACGAGCGCUUCGCGUACUCGAAGGAGCAGUGCAUCCGUGCGGCGCGCGCAUCGCUGCGCAUGAUGUCGGACGACAGCGGCGUUGCGCGCUUCCUUGAGAAGUGGUGGAUCCCCCUCUUCUACGUCACUGUGUCGGGCAUGGUCGUUAUAAUUGACUUGCUCAAAACGACUCGCCGCGACAUGAAGACCAAGGCGUAUGAGGAGAAGGUUGCGGAGGUCAAGGGCGCGCUCAACCAGAUGCGCCAGAUUGAGUCCUCGGUGCCGGCUCGGGCCGCCGUCAAGGUCAUGGACUUCUUGAUGAGCGAGGUUGAAGAGAGGCGGCGCCCAACCGGCUCUCUCAUCGGUCAGAAGCGCAAGGCUACGCACGAUGGCGAUGGCACCGGCGACGACGAAGAGCACAAUCUUCAGCGUGUGGUGAAGCGCCUUAUUCGUCAGGCGCAACUGGAGACGGACAGCCCCGUGUCCAACGGUGCCAACUCGAAUACGUCCUUCGUGUCACCUUCCUCCGACAACCUGAACAACGCGAGCCCAAGCAAGAUGGACGUGACGUCUGAGCGCCCUGUGUUUGGCGCGUACCCCAUGCCCUCCUCGCAGACCAACAUCCCCCAGGUUGCCCAGCAGGGCAUGGGCGAGGGGACACCAGCGCAGGCAAUGUUCCAAGGGCAGCUUGGCAUGCCGAGCCAGAUGCAGGGCGGUUUCAACUUCAAUGUUGACCCCAACAGCGGGAACGCGGGGCAGUUUGGCAGCUUGCCGAACCCCAACUUUCAGCCUGGUAGUCAACUCGACCCAGCCGUCGAGUCGAUGCUGGCGUCCUACUUCCCGCCGCCGCAGACCAACAACAACUCUGGCGAGCUUGGGCCAGCUGGCGCAUCGCAGGUUCCCGACGACUUCUUGAGUCGGGUGUUCAGCUUCUCGUGGGACAACAACAACAGCAGCAGCAGCAGCAGCCAGAACCAGGGCCAGCAGUCUAGCCAGCAGCAAACGCCGAUGACAGCGUCGACCAACUCGACGCCAGGUCAGCAGCAGCAGCAGCAGAUGAAUCUCGGCAACGGGUCAGCACCAGGCGUGCCACAGCCUCGUCGGCAGGACUCGAUCCCGGGCUAUGGCGCGUUCGAUUGGCAGACGCACAGUUGGAUGGCGUAGAGAAGCGUUAUAGGCACUCUGUUAUAGUUUUUGCUGUAACUUAUUAGCGGGCUGUAUGAAUGCAUAGUGAGAAGUGUGCUUGUGAUA